GGAGGGAGGAGUCAACCGGGGGAAGGAGCCCCUGGAGUUGCACACUUCGUCCUCUCUUUUCGAACAAAAAAAAAAAAAAAAAAGAGAAAAGGAAAACACGAGCACCCAAAGCGACUACAGCAGUCCGACGUGCACGCUCUUCUUCCUCUUCGUCUUCUUUUUCAUUUCUUUCUUUUCUUUUUUUGUUUUUGUCUGCACACUUUUUUUUCUCUUUUUUGGAGGAGCGAGCGGGCUGCGGCGGAUGCUAGUUUGUCCGACGGCCCUUAAAGGCAGCAAAGAAGAAGACACGAAAGAAGAAGAAGAGGAAGAAGAAGAAGAAGAAGAGGAGGAGGAGGAGAAGAGGGAGAACGUUGGGUGGGAGGGGGGGGGACCGACUCCGGGCCGCGUCGUUUGGGAGUUGCGGCGUGGAGGAGAAAAGAAAGCGGAAAAGAAGGAGAAGGAGAAGGAGAAGGAGGAGAAAGAGGUCCCGGGGCUCAUCCAGAGGCGCGUCUGCACCCCGCUUGAAGAGGGGACCGACACCCCCCCCCCCCAAGCGCCCUCAAAAGUGCACAGAAAGACACCCAAACAAACAAAAUCCUCCCUCGUUUCAAGAAAACGACAACAAUUUUGCGGCCGGAGCAACAACCCGGCGCGUCUCGAUCGUCGACGGCAACAUCCCGGAGCAAACGCGGAAGAGCAAAACAACGCUUACGCUUCAUUUUGAGUGUAAUUCCACGUUGGGAAACUCGCGGGCCGUGGGCCGUGUGGAGAAGGAAUCAAAAGCGCCCCGGCAAAAUUUAUUGAGCUGGCUGACGGCGUUAUCGCGUCUCCAUGCGGUGCUGAGGAAUGAGCAUUCGCCAUGGAAACCCAGUCCCAGGCCAGUUCCGCAGCUGAGAAGAAGAAGAGGGUGGAGACCAUCGUAGCGACCAAAGGCUCGUCGGCGCGCAAUGACAUCAGCGAGAAGGCGGUGGCCUCCAGCACCACGUCCAACGAGGAUGAGAACUCGGGCCCGCCGUACCACCACCACCACCACCACCACCACCGCGAGAGGCGCAACGCCCUGAGCGCUGAGCGCAGCGUGACCGAGGAGCCGUCCACGUCCACGGAGGAGCGGCCCUCGCUGCUCAAGAAGGAGAUCCACGGCUCCCUGCCCCACCUGCCCGAACACGCGCUGCCCUACCGGGGGACCCUCUUCGCCAUGGACCCCCGCAACGGCUACCUGGACUCGCACUACCCCGCACCUCAGUUCUUCCCGGCGUUCCACCCGCCGGUGCCCAUCGACGACAGGCACACGCAGGGCCGCUACAUCUACGAGCCGUCGCCCGUGCCCCCUCUCCACGUGCCCCCGGCGCUGGCGGGCAGCCCGGCCUUCUCGGACAUCUCCCUCAUCCGCAUCUCGCCGCAGCGGAACCCGUCGGUGGGGGCCGAGUCCCCCUUCCACCCUUCGCACCCGUACAUCAACCCCUACGUGGACUACCUCCGGUCCCUGCAGCCCCUCGCCAGCCCCUCCAUCUCGGUGCUGUCGGCCACCCGAGGCCUCAGCCCGGCUGACGCCCCCCACGCAGGCCUGACGCCCUCCGAGUACUACCACCAGAUGGCCCUGCUGGCGGGCCACCGCAGUCCCUACUCGGCCGACCUGCUGCCCUCCGUGGCCGCCUCGGCCGGCUCGGGGGCCGCCGGCGCCCUGCACAUGGAGUACCUGCAGGCCAUGGACAGUUCUCGCUUCCCGAGCCCGAGGCUGCCGUCGAGGCCCAGCAGGAAGCGGCCGCUGCCCAUCUCGCCGCUGUCGGAGCACAGCUUCGACCUGCAGACCAUGAUCCGCAACUCGCCCAACUCGCUUGUCACCAUGCUCAAUAACUCGCGCUCCAGCUCAUCCACCAGCGGAUCCUACGGACACCUGUCGGCCGGAGCCAUCAGCCCCGCGUUGAGCUUCGCCUACCCGCCGACGCCGGUGGCGCUGCACAUGCACCAGCAGCUGAUGGGCCGCCAGCCGGGCAUGGUGGGCUCCGCCUUCGGCCACAGCCCGCCCCUCAUCCACCCGACGCCGGCCUUCGCCACCCAGAGGCCCGUGUCGGGCUUCACGGCCGCCGCCGCCGCCGCCGUCGCCGCCGGCCUGGGCGCCGGCGAGCGCUCGGCCGUCACCGGUGACUCCUCGCAGAUGAAACCCACCAGCGAGUCUGCGGUGAGCAGCACCGGCGACCCGAUGCACCACAAGCGCUCCAAAAUGAAGCCGGAGGAGGAGAUGCCCAGCCCGGGAGCGCUCAGUAUCCAGGAUCACCCCGACGGCAUGACGCUGGUCAAGGAGGAGGGCGACAAGGACGAAGGCAAACAGGAGCCCGAGGUGGUCUACGAGACCAACUGCCACUGGGAGAACUGCUGCCGCGAGUUCGAUACCCAGGAGCAGCUCGUGCAGCACAUCAACAAUGACCACAUCCACGGGGAGAAGAAGGAGUUUGUGUGCCGAUGGGAGGACUGCUCCAGGGAGCAGAAGCCCUUCAAGGCCCAGUACAUGCUGGUGGUCCACAUGCGGCGGCACACCGGCGAGAAGCCUCACAAGUGCACGUUCGAGGGCUGCGCCAAGGCUUAUUCCCGUCUGGAGAAUCUCAAGACUCACUUGCGCUCGCACACGGGCGAGAAGCCGUACGUGUGCGAGCACGAAGGCUGCAACAAGGCCUUCUCCAAUGCCUCGGACCGAGCCAAGCAUCAGAACCGCACGCACUCAAACGAGAAACCCUACGUAUGUAAGAUCCCCGGCUGCACCAAACGGUACACCGACCCCAGCUCCCUGCGCAAGCACGUGAAGACGGUGCACGGGCCCGAGGCGCACGUCACCAAGAAGCAGCGCGGCGACUACCCGCGGCCCCCCGUGCAGCCCCGGGAGCCGGGCGCCAACGGCCAGGGACACUCGCCCGGGCAGCUGGGAUUGGCCGGCUACGCGGACCAAAGGGAAUACAGCAACCAUGUUACCUCCAAGCAGGACGACUGUCUACAGGUCAAGUCCAUCAAGACAGAGAAGCCCAUGACGUCUCAGCCAAGCCCUGGCGGUCAGUCUACAUGCAGCAGUGACCAGUCCCCCGUCAGCGCCUAUCCCAGCGGUGGAGUCCAGUUUACUGUGAGCGCCGGACGCUCACCAGGGGAGGGGCUGGACGAGGAGGACGAGGAGGACGAAGAGGAGGAAGAGGCGGAGGACGGCUGCCGAGGCGGGCCGGCGCCCAUCAUGGACUCCACCGUCUCCACGGCGACGGCAGCCACGCUGACCCUGCAGGCGAGGCGCAGCGUGGGCCGCCCCCUGCGCUGGAUGGAGCACCUGAAGAUGGAGAGGCUGAAGCAGGUGAACGGAGCGAUGCCCAGGCUGGGCCCCCUGGCUCCCACGCCGCCCCCCAAAGGGUCGGUGCUCGCCACCAUCCAGGGGAAGGGAUCCUGUCUGGGCAAGCAGUGGGCGUCAUCCGCGCCGCAGCCCCCCGUUCACCCCGAGCUGGGCGGCACGACCGAGUUAACGGUGCUCAACUUGCUCCGUGACCGGCGCGACAGCAGCGGGAGCGCCGCCAGCUCGGCCUACCUGAGCAGCAGCCGGCGCUCGUCGGGCAUCUCGCCGUGCUUCUCCAGCCGCCGUUCCAGCCAGGCGUCCCAGAGCGAGGGCGCGGCGGGCGCGGCCCAACACCGCCGCCUCCACAACCUCAGCUCCACCGACUCGUACGACCCCAUCUCCACCGACGCUUCCCGCCGCUCCAGCGAGGCCAGCCACUACGGAGGCGGAGCGGCGGGGAGCGGCGGCAUCCUUUCGGGCGGCGUCUGCGGGAAUGUCGGAGCGAACGGAGACGGAGGAGGCUCCCGCGGCGUACUCGCUUUAACCCCCGCGCAGCACUACCACCUAAAGGCCAAGUACGCCGCGGCAACGGGCGGCCCGCCGCCCACGCCGCUCCCCAACAUGGAGCGCAUGAGCCUCAAGGCUCGCAUGGCCAUGAUGGACGAAGGCGGCAGCGGCAGCGGCCAGCAUCUGCCGCCGCUCGUCGCUCCUCACCGCUGCAGCGAGGCCGCCAACGGGCAUUCGGGCUACAGGAGGAGGGGGUUCUUCCCCGGCGAGGGGCCCGCGCCGCCCAACCGCAGGGCCAGCGACCCGGCUCGGACGCAGCCUUCGGACGUUUGCGCUUUGCCCCCCGUGCAGCGCUUCAACAGCCUGAGCAACCUUCACCCUCUCCCGCCUCUCGCCCAGCACCAGGCGCCGCCCGUCGACACGCGCAACCUGAGCCUGCAGAAUUACACUCGCUCUGAGGGCAACCUGCAGCGGGGUCCGCAACACUCCGCCUACACCCCCAGCAUCGCGGAGCACGCCGCUUUGGAAGCUCUGGCCAUGGAGGGCGACGGGGAGGCGUACUCUCUACUCGGGGAUGAAGAUAUACUUCCCGAUGACAUGGUGCAGUAUCUCCGCUCUCGAGCCCAGGCAGACAGCGGACCCUACCUGCACAGCGAGGGCCAGAUAGUCUCUGGCGGAAGGGAGAUCUCACAACAGUCCGUGGGGGGCGCGGAGGGGAUGAACUUCCAGGCCAACCCCUGCCUCCAACAGCAGCAGAUGGUCCAGAGGAGGAGCCCCAGCUUGCUUCCCAUCCAGUGGAACGAAGUGAGCUCCGGUAGUGCCGACCCCUCACCGCAGAGGGAUGGCAACUGCGCGAGGUGGUCCGGCGGGCAGGCCCAGGCGGCCGAGCCUUUCGGCAGGUUCGGAAACAUGGUGGUGCAGCAGAAUGCGCCGCUAGGUUUUCACAACAGUUGCUCCCAAGGCCCCGCGGUGGUGAAGCUGGAGACGCCCCCCAACUCGUGUAUGGAGCUGCGAGGAGCCGCACACAAUGGCUUUGCCAGGCCCCACUUCCCGAAGACCGUGGAUGGACCGCUUGUGCACCAGGCCUCCAGAAUGCAGAACCACUUUCAGCAGAACCUUAACAGCAGAGUCCCCUGCCACACCCUGACUCGGUCUUCCAUAGACAAUCUCCCGAGCCUGUCCCAUGACAGAGUCCUUCAUCCCAAUCAGGAAGGCCCACGGCCGCCCGCCAACGCUUACAGGAACUUGGUGAGGAACCAGCUCAACCCCAGAAGCUGCACUGCAGUUCCGCAGGAUUUGCAGAACGGUGGGACCCUCUGUUCCCUCAAAACGGAGGCCUCGGAACACGGGUACCUCCAACCGGUCUUCAGCGAUCCCAUUUCCUUCCAGCCAACGGAUCUCAAGGCAGCCCCGUUCCCAUCCCUGGAAGACCACUACUUGCUGGACUCCUUAGAUGCCGGGAACGGUCCGGGCGACUCCGUCUCCCUCUUGUCUCCCGCGUCCGACCUCGUGAGCAGUACUGUGGAGGCCGCGACAGCGCCCGGCGCGGCGUUGGACGACGGCGUCGCUCUGGACUUUGGCGCCAUGAUGGAGGACGGCUUCGACCAAGGCAGCCUGAUUUCGGGCCCGUUGAGCCCCUCCAUUUUCCAAGGUCUGUCCAGGACCUCGUCGCGUUUGACCACCCCCCGGGCGUCGGCCACCUUCCCGGCCGCCGUGGCCCCCGGCGCCAACAACAUGGCCAUUGGCGACAUGAGCUCCCUCCUCAGCAGCCUCGCCGAAGAGAGCAAGUUUCUCGCCAUCAUGCAGUAG